GACGCGUCGCCGGCCGAGCGGCGCAAGGCGGCGUCGUUCGAGAUGAGGGCGAGGCCCGGCGAGGGCGAGGGAGGGAGCGGCGAGGCACCGGGCGGCGACGACACGGCGGCGCACGCGAGGACGGGCGGCGCCAGCGAGACCUCGCGGGCCCUCACGCCGGGCGUGACCCCCACGCCUAGCCCGGAGAGCGAGCGGGCCCGCGCGGCCAGCGCGGACGCCGACGAGCGGGCCGCGCAGGGCCCGGCGCAGGCGCCGCCGGCCGGGCGCCGGCGCGGCCCCGGCGGCGUGGGCGCGGGCGCGGUGAGCCUGAGGCUGCCGAGGAAGUCGCGGUCCAGGUCGAUGAGGGGGAGCGGGAGCGCCGACGACAGGGACAUCCCCGUGUCGCAGACUUGGUCCUGGGCGCGCCUAUCCGCGCUGACCGCCGUCAGCUGGUCCAAGACCGACGGCCCCCUGGACAGCGCCAGAUCCGGUUCUGCUGGCCGCCCCAGUGCUGCUGCUCGCGCCAACGCUCGUUCCAGCACCGCCAGGCGAUCCAGGUUUGCCUCGGUCAGGCAGUCCGUCAUCUCGCACCUGCCCUUUUGGAGGAAGUACGCGUCCGACGAGACGACGGAGUCCCACGUGUCGGGCGUUUCCACUUCCAUCAGGGGUCCACGCCGUCGGCGGCGGGGAGGAAACAGUUCGCCCGCGCCGUGA